CUGAUCGAGCGAUUCGUUUGUAAAUUUAUAGACAAAAAAAAACAAUAAAAUGAUAAAGCUCACAUUCUUAUUAGUUUUGAGCGCGACUUGCUUGUCGCUGCAGCUUGUUGCGGGUUUUCCCUAUGAAAAUGCUCUAAAUGUCAUAGAAAAGGACGAUAACGAUUUAAAUGGAUCGCCGCCUAGUGAAGAAAUAAAUUCUGAUGAACUUUAUUUUCGCACACUACUCCGGCCGGUAAUUUUCAAAACGCUUGAUCUAAUGCAAGCCCAUACAAACACCUUGAUACAAGAAGAGGGUCAGUUUCUUGCCAACCUAUUAGCCGAAUUCGAGGCACUACCCGAUAAAACCGCAUACGUCGAAGAACUAAUUCCUCAAUUGAGAAGUAUUUUGGCGCGUAGGAAUAAACUUGAUUUGCAUGAUCUCUCCGCACCAGCUGUUUAUGAAAAGGCAGUUAUUUUGAGCGGCAUUGUGAAAUUAUUUGCCGAUUUUGAGCGUAAAGCGCAAAGUGACGAUGACAGCAGUGAAACUGUGUUUCUAAAAGAGGUAAUACACAACCUGGAUUUGGAUGGAUUGAAUGAACGCAUUGGCAAAUCUUUAAAAGAGGCAAUACAAAAAUUUACUGUGAUUUAUGAGCAGUUUUGGAAUUCACUGAGCGAAGCUGAAAAAAGGGAACAUCCAGUUUUGAGUGAAUGGUAUACAAGUUUUCUAGCAAAAGAAUCCGAACAGGAGAAACUUAAAAGUUUCAUUGAUUUUAUUAGCAUACUUCAAGGUAUAGUUUUUAACAAUGUGAAUUAAAAAAAAAAAAAAUCUUAUUUUGAUAUUAAUGUAGAAAUAUAAAGGGUGCUAAGCACAGCACGACAGCA